UGGCGCUUGGCGGGAGCGGGAGGUUCGCUCUGAGGCGGCUCUGGGGUCCCCCCGGAGCCUCCCUCGAUCCCCGAUCCCAAUUCCCGAUCCCCGACCCCAAUCCCGACCCCAAUCCCGACCCCAAUCCCGCUCCCGCGGCCAUGGAGCGGCAGCAGGAGCUGAAGGUGCUGCUGAAGCGCUGGGAAGCGGAAUUCCUGCGGGAGCGGCACCGCAAACCCAGCCAGGCUGACAUUGAGGAGGCUCCAGAGGAAACUCGCACUCUGUACCGGGAGUACCGGGCGCUGAAGCGUCGGGGAGGAGCUGCGGAGCCCUCGGGACACACGGAACCUUCUGGAAAAGCACAAAAAAGCCCAAAGGAGGAGCAGGUGGAGGAUUCGGGAUUUUGGGGCUCCCACCUGAACAGGGCCCCCAAAGGGCCCGGGAGGAGCCAGAGCCGGGAGCCCCGGGCGGGAAUUUCGGAGCUUUAUGGGAAGAAGCUCAAAGCCAAACUGGGAACAACUGGGAAGGAUCCUCCUCUGACCCCAAACCCCCGAAGAACCCCAAAACCUCCCCAAUCCCACCCGACCCCAGAGCCGGGAGCCGAAAUUCCAUCAGAAAAAUCCCAAAAAUCCCAAAAUUCCCAAGAAUUCCCAGAGCUGCUCCUUCCUCCCUCCCCGGAACCCAAUCCCGAUUUUUCCGGCGUUGCCGAAAAAUUCCGGCGGCUCCAGCGGAGCGUGGCCCGGACCCUGAGCUCGCUGGACCCCGCCUGGAUCCGCAGGUGUGAGGAAUUCCCAAAAACUCCUCGGGAAUUCCCAAAAACUCCUCGGGAACUCUCGGGAAUGGAGGAAGAAUCCCUCGGGAAUUUGGGGAGGAAACGGCCGCGGGAGGAGGAGGAGGAGGAGGAGGAGGAGGAGGGGGAGGAGGAAAGGGCGGCGCCGGCCAAGCUGCGCAGGAGAGCCCGGCCUGGAAUUGCGGGGCUGGAGGAGGAGAAGGAAAAGGAAAAAGAGAAGGAGAAGGGAAAACAGGAGAAGAAAAAGGAAAAGGAAAAAUCCCAAAGUGGAUCCAGAGGAUUCCUGGAGCUGGAGAAGGAGGAGGAAAAACCCAAAGCCACACCCAGAGCUCGAGCCCCGGCCUUGAACCGCGGCAAUUUCGUCCGCCUCAACCUGAAGAGAAAAACGUAUUCCCGCGGAUCCCUGAGGGGAAAAUUCCUCCGCAAACAGGUUUGGAAGCAGAAAUGGAGAAAAAAGUUCGGGGGCGGAGCCGACGUUUGCUUCCGGUGUGGCGGGAAAGGGCACUGGGCCUCGGAGUGCCGAGAGAAGGAUUUGGGAUCGUUCCCGGAGGAAAUUCCCGAGGAGAAGGCGCUUCUCACUCUGGAGGAAGUGACCCAAAGAACCAACGGAGAUUUUAUCCCAGAAGUUCCCGAUGGCUCCAACACGGAAAAUUCCCAACUGGCCCCAGAUUCCCUGGAUUUCCCUCAGCUGGAAUUGUCCCCCCCAUCCCCUCCCCCACCCGCCAUGGAUCCCCUUUACCCCCCAAACCCCGACGGGACCGUCCCAGAUCCUCCGGAGGAAGUCCUGGAAGCUCUGAGAAGUUUGGGAUACGAUUCCUUCCGGCCUGGCCAGGCUGAGGCCAUCAUGAGGGUCCUCUCAGGAAUCUCCACGCUGCUGCUGCUGCCCACGGGCUCGGGCAAAUCCCUCUGUUACCAACUCCCCGCCUUGUACCUCUUACCCACCGCCCGCUCCCGCUGCAUCUCCCUCGUCAUCUCCCCCCUCGUCUCCCUCAUGGAUGACCAGGUUUCCGGCCUCCCCUCACCCCUCCAAGCCGUCUGCAUCCACUCCAACCUCACCCAAUCCCAGCGCGAAGCAGCCAUUCAAAAAGUCAGGAGCGGCCAAGCCCAAAUCCUGCUGCUUUCCCCGGAAUCUGUGACGGGAUCGGGAUUUUUUUACCGCUUUUUCCGCCAUUUCCCUCCCGUGGCUUUCGCCUGCCUGGACGAAGCUCAUUGCAUCUCCCAGUGGUCCCACAACUUCCGGCCCGCUUACCUCAGGGUCUGCAAGGUUCUCCGGGAGCGUUUGGGCGUUCGGUGCUUCCUGGGCCUCACGGCCACGGCCACGGUGGCCACGGCUCGGGACGUGGCCAAACUGGGGAUCCCCGAGGGAAAUUCCGCCAUCGGCACCUUCGGAAUUCCCGAAAAUCUGCGGCUCUCGGUGUCCGUGGAGGCCGACCAGGAUCAGGGGGUGCUGCGGGUGCUGCGCGAGUGGAGCCGCGAGAGCGCCGGGGGCUCGCUGCUGGUGCACUGCCGGCGCCGGGAGGAGAGCGAGCGCCUGGCGGCCAGAAUCCGAGAGGAGUUCCCCGAAAUCCCGGGGGAAAAAACACAGAAAGAGAAAAUGGGAAAAAUUUUGGAGGAAGAGGAGGAGCAGGAGAUCCGAGCUGAGAUCCGGAAACUUCUGGAGGCUUUUCCUGAGCAGGAAUUCUCGGGCAGGGCCGUGGCCAGGAUCUUCCAUGGGAUCGGCUCCCCCCGUUUCCCCGCUCCGGUUUUCGGCCGUGCCCGGAGGUUCUGGCGGCGCCUCCUGCCCGUGGAGUUCCGCAGGCUCGCCCGCCUGGCGGCCCUGGAGAUAAACACCAAAAACUGGAAAGACCAAAAAGUGUGA